AUGAUUUUGAGAAAAAAUGCAAAAUAUGAGUCAAGAAGACAAAUGUUAUAUGAAUUAUCGAAGAAAGCUGAACUUUAGGAAUUAACAUAAACAAUUUUAGAUGAUAUAGAAGAUCUUUAAUAUCUAUAUAAAUCAUACUCAUAGAAUAAUUUUGAUAGAAAAACUGUUGAAAUUUUAGGUGAUGAUCCUAUAUUAAAAGGAUAAAAACUAAUGAACAUGAUAUUAAAUAGAGAAAACUAUGAUUCUAAAGAUAGAAUAAGAAAAUCUUUAAUAAAUUUGCAUUGUUCUAAUUCAAUUUUCCCUGAAAUAAUCCGCUUCUUAAAAAUAGACAAUCAAAAUAUAGAAAUAAAGUAUUGCAAUGAAUUAGAAAGAGAGUUAAUUAAAUAUGAUUAAGAAAAAUUAGAGAGAUCAGAAGUUUAUACAUAGAUUGAAUAAAGUUCCGAUUAAACACUUAUUUUAAUUCAUUUGAUGUGUCUUAAACAUAGAAUAACAAACUAAUAAGAUUUUCUAUGUUAUUUUAAUACAUCAAAAGAUUAUCAGACGAUUAAAGAAUUGCAUGCUAAAUGUUAAGAAUUGGAAUUUAAUUUUUUAGAUAAAAAUACACAGUCAAUUAUAAAUAUUGUUGCAGAGUUUUACUAAUUAUUUUCAAAAUAUUGUUAAAUAAUAAAGCCUAAAUAAGAGAAAUGCACAAAACUAAUCUUUAGAGUUUUACUAUAGAUAUUAUUAUAUUAGAAUAUAGUAAUACCAGAAUUACUUAGAUUUAUGAAGAUUAUUAGAAAUAGUUCUGUUUAUGAUGUUAAAUAUAGUUUUGGAAUGAUAGUACUUAAACCUACUGUAAAACUUUUAGCAUAAAUGAGUUAAAUUCCUCAAAUUAGCACAUAAGUUGAAUUACUAAAAAUCAAAAAGCUAAAUUUGAAUUCUAAUUUACCAAAAUAUGAUUAAUUUUAUAGGUAAGUAUUGAUACAUUUUCCUAAUAUUUUGUAAAUGGACACAGAUCAAGUCAUAGUGAAUUAUAUAGAAAAAUUAACUUAAAAUUAUCAUAGACAUAUUGUAGUCCUUGAAGAAAUUUAUUUAAGUACAGAAUUUUAAUAAAUGUUGGAAUUAAUUGAUAAAAUAUGUGGAGUUUAAAUUAGACUUAUAAUGAAUUAAGAUGUAAAUUCUGAAGAUGAAUUUGAAGAAUAUGGAACUAAUGUAUUAAAGAUAGGAACAAUGCUAUUUAGAUUAAGAGAAAAGAUAUUUAAAAAUAAUAAUUCAGCUCAAUUAAAAUAAAUAAAUGAUGUCAUAGAUAAAUUUAUGAAAUUCUUAUAAUAUGAAACAUAACAUGAAAGAUCAUUUCCUUAAUUAUUAAAAUACAUAGCUUGUAAUAAAAAUAAUUUAUAGAUUGAUAUUACAGAUAAUUAUGAGUAAGAAUUAUUAGAGAAUUAAAGAUUUUAUGAAUUCUUGUAAAAAUUAGAAAAGAAUGAAAUUAAUAUUGAUUGUGAAAAAGGAGAGAGUGAAAAUGAAAUUCUUCUGAAUUAAAUUAAGUUGAUUUAUCAUUAAAGAGAAUCAAAUUUGAAUCAAUUGAAUAAAUUGUAUGGCAAUUAGCGUUGUGAUUAAUUAAUGAGGGAUUUAUAGAAAAGCGAAUUAUAACAUAAAGAAUAUCUAGUGAAACUUUUAGUGUGCAUACAAUACUAAAUAUAUUUAUGA